AUGACAAUUAAAGACAGAUACGGAGAAGAUGGAAAUUUGAGUGAUAUGAACACUUUCAGUAUUUCAGACAAGAUUGGGUUUGCCUCAGCUGCCACCACAACCUUUCAGAUAAAUGAGCCUCAAAGCCAAAAAAAGCCAUCCACGUGCUGUGCUCGGGCGACCCUCAGCAUCUACCUGCUGCUGCUGACGGCUGGCCAGGGACUGCUGGCGUACAAAGUGUUUAUGAUGCAGAGAGAGAUAUUGAAAUUUCAAGAACAAAAUACCUCCUAUACAGAAGAGAUUCUGGAAAGAUCCUUUGCCAAGAAACUUCUUUUGGAUAGAAACUCCACAGAGAAGCACAUUGGACAUGAAGAAAAUUGGAGAAGAAGCUUAGAAAAGGAAAUCACCAUAAUUAAAAGCAGCAAUGCAAACCUGAUGAUGAUGGUGAGCAACAUCACCCUGGUUGCAGGGCCUCCUGGACGCCAAGGAGAUCCUGGUCCACCAGGUCUACGGGGACCACCGGGGACAAAGGGAGACCGAGGAAUCCAAGGUUUACACGGACUGCAGGGUGUGAAGGGGAGCAAAGGAGAUCCUGGUCCUGCUGGCCCAAGUGGUGAACCAGGAGAGAGAGGACAAAAAGGAGAGACAGGACUUGCAGGUCUCCAAGGACAGAAAGGUGAAACGGGCAGGAAGGGAGACCCCGGACCCCCUGGACCCAUGGGUCCUCAGGGACAGCAGGGAGUCCCAGGACUGCCGGGUUUCAAUGGUAGCACGGGGGAGCCUGGACGUCCUGGACAGAAAGGAGAGGCAGGCGUAACCGGACAACGUGGACUUAUGGGAAUGUCUGGCCCCGAAGGCAGACCUGGUCAGAAAGGGGAGAAGGGGGACAGCGGGCCCCAUGGUAGUCCAGGAAUGCCAGGCACUGCGGGACUCAGAGGUGAAAAGGGAGACAAAGGACUAGCAGGUCUUCCAGGGCAAAAGGGAACAAAGGGAGACCAUGGUGUGCCAGGCAGCCCAGGCGCAACUGGUCAAAAAGGAAGCAAGGGUGAUUAUGGCAGUCAGGGUCCAAAAGGAGAACCGGGAGUAAAAGGAGCCAAGGGAGACCGUGGAUACUCUGGUUACCCAGGAUUGAAAGGGAGCAAAGGUGAAAAGGGAGAAGGCAACUUCAAUUUUGUACGAAUCGCAGAAGGGGGCAGGAGGGGCCGCGUGGAAAUCUUUCACCAAGGAUCCUGGGGAACAAUAUGUGAUGAUGGUUGGGGCAUCCAAGAGGCCACUGUGAUCUGCCGAAUGCUGGGAUACAACCGUGCGGUCUCCUCCUUCACAGCCACAGCAGGCACUGGACAAAUUUGGCUUGAUGACGUGAAUUGCAGCGGGAACGAACGUUCAAUUUUCGACUGUCAAAAGCCCAACUGGGGUGUGAACAACUGCUCCCACAACGAGGAUGCUGGAGUGGAAUGCAGUUGA